AUGGCAAUGAUGGAAGUGUCCAAGAUCCUGCGUUGGGUGGAACGCUAUCUUCUGGCCAUAUCAGAGGUGUUUAUCCCGGAUGUACUCAACUGGGAAGCAUACUUCCUCAGUAAUCAGGCUGUUCAUGCUGGAGAGUGGGCUCUUCAUCCUGAGGUUCUUUGGAAGAAAGAGGAAAGCUCAUUCUCAUUGUUCCAGCAUGGACUAGACAUCACUGGUUCUCAGAUCUCCAGGGACUCUCUGCAGAGCAACCCCUCCUACUUCCUCAGUGAUGGGACCUUCUAUGGUUUUAUUCGUAUUCAGCCUCCCAGUGUACCUUCAUUGGCGCCAUGGGAUCUGUCUAUUGUGUUGGAGGCUCUUCAGGAAGCCCCUUUCAAUCCUCUUGAAUCUGUGGACGUCAAAUGGCUAACGGCCAAGGUUCUCUUCCUACUGGUUAUUGCCUUGUGUAUGCUUAUUUACUCAUCUCUGGAGGCUUUUAUAGUCCAGGCUCGUCCCAGCGUACAAGAAUGUCCCUCAAGUGUUGUUGCCCCUCCUCCAGCAAUGGUGCAUCCUUCUCUGAAAAUGCAGACACCUCAUCCAGUUGCUGAUGUAGCAAUAGAGACAUCCACUAUAGCUCCUGCACUGGCAAUUGUAUCUGAAGCAGAUGUUUUAGGAAACACUAUUUCCAGGCUGCAGAAGAUUAAGGCUAAGAAAAAGCAGGAACUAGAAGUAUAUAAACCUUUUGUUUUCAUUGUGUUUCUCCUUUUAUAUCUGACUGGACUGCUUGUGAAUUCUGCUAUAAUUACAGUCAUAUUUAUGGAUAAGCACUUACACACCCCAAUGUAUCUAUUUCUAUGUAAUUUGUCCCUAAUAGAUCUCUGUUACACAACAGUCACCAUCCCUAAGCUGCUGUACAUGUUACUGUCUGGGAAUUACACAGUGUCCUUCACACAGUGCUUUACCCAGAUGUAUUUUAUUUGGGAAAGUGCCAGCACAGAAGAUGUUAUAUUAGUAAUAAUGGCCUAUGACCGGUAUGUUGCUAUCUGUAAGCCCUUACACUAUCACCGUAUGUUCAAUAGGAAACUUUGUGUGCAACUCUCGGCUGCCAUAUGGCUAACUGGAUGUUUAAACUCUUUAGUGGUUACUUUGUCAGCUUCAAAAAUGUAUUUCUGUAAUUCAUAUAUAAUCCAUCAGUACUUCUGUGAUGCCAAAUCUCUCAUGAAGAUAUCCUGCAAAAAUAAAGAAUUGCUUUAUAUUGUAAUUUGUAUACAAUUGUUGCUAUUUGGAUUCUGUCCUUUCUUGGUCACUUUGAAGUCUUAUAUAAAAAUAGUUAGUGCCAUUUUGAAGAUUAAAUCCAGAGAUGGCAGGAGAAAAGCCUUCUCCACCUGCUCAUCCCACCUCAUAGUCCUCACCAUAUUUUAUGGGACAGGUACCUCUGUGUAUAUGAUGCCACUCAAUGACCACUAUAAAGUCCUGGAGAUGGUAUUUACUGUACUGUACACUGCUGUUACACCCAUGUUAAACCCGCUGAUAUACAGUCUACAGAAUAAAGAUGUUAAGAAAGCAAUGAAGAGAUGCAUUAAGGGCUUAAAGGAAUUUAGCCUAAUGUCUUGUUUCCAGAUACCACAGGACACCUUCACAGGAGGAGGUCUUGUGGAGUCCAUGCCUCAACAGGUCAGAACUGUUGUGGUGGCAUGA